UAUAUAAGAAAUUACGAACACUAAACCAUGCAUUUCAACUACAAACCAACCACCAACUAACAGAAAUAAAAUUACACAAUGUGGCAGUUAGCAAUAUUCUUGCUAGUAUCACCAAUCGUGGUUCAUUCCUUCGAUGGUGUGCAAUGUGGUGAUUAUAAAUGCGUUAAUGACGUGAACGUAUUUUGUAAUACGACUACCAAUACAUGUCAAUGUAGGCCCGGUUAUAUUGGAAAUGCCCGACUUAGGUGUGUCAUCGACACAAUGCAUAUUUGCACAAUGAUGGGUGAUCCACACAUCAGAACAUUCAAUCACGAGGACUCUGCCAUAUAUUUUCCAUGCACCCAGAUUCUGUCUGAAGGUGAUGUUCCAAGAGCACCCCCACAGAAAAAUUUAAAUUACCAAAUAACAGCCAUAACCAAAGAAGUUUACCAAGCCAGAUAUGCGUCACAAAUAAUGGUUGUUGCCCUGUUAAUUAGACUAUUUACUUUUGAUAACAACGAAAUAGUGUUGCGUUGUGACACAAAUGGUUGUUGGAAUAAUGCUGCCCCAUAUCAAAAGAUUACCAAUUUUGUAAAUCAGUCAUUGGCAGUUGACGUUACACGUGAUGCACCAAACGGUCAAACAGUGGUUAAUAUUCAAGGGUAUGGACCCGAAGUUAGAUUCCGAGCAGAAGACGGCUCAGUAACCAUCGCAAUCCCACCAGAUACAGUGCCUAAUGAACAGUUUCCAGGACUGUGUAACAGACCGGUUGACCCCGUAACAUUUAACGCAGAUACAGCCACAGGACUAUCUCUGAAUUACAACGACUACAUAGUCUACGUUAAUAUUGGAAACAUUAAUCAGGAUUAUGAAACAAAUCCUCAGUGUAAGAGAAUUUAUACUACUACAUGUAACCCAACACAAACAUUACAGAGGGAUUCUGUGAAAUUUUGUGCUGAUGUCUUCGCUGACCAAUCUGUUAAGGAAUGUUACUACAAUUACAGAAACCAGAAUGGUAGUGUUGUUCUGUUUGAUUUCAACAACUGCCAUGAAGCAAUAUGUGGGACAGCCGUACCAACCGCUUUUUGUAAUGAUGUUGUAAUGGCGUGUGGUGUUGACAAGAUUCCUGCAGAUGCAGGAUGUCCUCCUCCUGUUAAAUAACUCCAAAGGAACAUUUCAGAAUGAAUAAACGUUUAAAUAAGUGAA